AUGGACGAGGCUGAUGAUUGGGGCAACCACGGUGGCCUCAUCAACAGUCUAUGCGAAGACUUCCAAAUCAGUGCCUGCACUCCGGACCAAUUCAAGGCUCUCAUGUUCUGCAUCAGCAUCCGGAGUGACCGCCACAUCUCCGUACGUGAGCAAUUGCUGGCGAAAUUGGAGACGGACUCAGAGAAGAUCAACGUCGACUUCCUCAUCGACGAGGCCCGUCGCUUAUCCAACGUGAAGAAGGAUGCUCGUCUCGAUAUCGUCCCGGCCGCGUCUGUGAGUGUCGUGAGUGUGAAGAAGAACCAUGCGAAUCAUGGUAAGAGGGAUCAUCCUCCGCGGCCCUGCUUCCUGUGCGGUGCUAUGCAUUUCACGGGGUACUGCCCACCUGCUCAGUCCUCCUCCGGGAAGCCCAAGGCACAGCGCGGAAGGAAGAACAUCGCCAAGAAGAGGAAGAAUCAGCAAGCCCGCGCUAACGCCAUACACUCAGAACGGUAUCGUGGUCGACGAUACCUCACUCCUGUGGUCAACGGUCAGCCGCUCUUGUUCCAGCUCGACAGCGCUGCCGAUGUCUCUGUUAUGACCAGAGACGCCUGGGAGAAGAUUGGCAAGCCGGCGCUUCAAGAAUCUUCACUCACUGUCCGCGAUGCUCAGGCCAGUCGCAUCCAGGUGCUUGGACAGUUUGAGGCUACUAUUCGAUUCCACGGCAAAGAGAUCCAGCGGCGAUGCCUCGUAUCGCCCAGCGCUCACGAUAAUCUCUUUGGGAUUGAAUGUGUUCAUGAGAAAUGA